AUGAGCACUUCUGCAUCUUCCCUGGGGCCGUUGUCUUCAACCCCCGUUCAGGUCAUACACUGUUCAGAGGAACUCCGGCAGACCUUACGGGUAUCAACCAGUAAACGAAAGAAGAAACCAACCCUCAAUUCAUACUCACGGACCUCCAAGCAGUCAGUCCAGCAACGACAGCACACUCAGUAUUGUGUUCACGAUGAUGGCUCUAUCACCUAUGCACGGAGAUACAUAGAACCUCCCAAGAAUGCGCAAUUGUCUCAGCCCCUUGCAUGGGAACCUUUGCCUGGUUUCAUACCUGAUCUUUGCAAUGAUUUUACAGCCGGUGGACUGUCAUCAGACGACGAUAUCACAUCUUCAUUGGAUAAUAGCCCAAAAAAAAAAAUUCUGUUACUUAUGUGGUUAGACCAUCGGUCUUUGUUCCUUGAGGAGCUGUUGCGCCUGGAAGGCAGAGGUGACCUCCUGGAAGCUCCUUGUUCCCACUGCGGCAAUUCUUUCCCCAAAUAUCAAUGUCAAGACUGUUUUGGUAUCGAUCUUCGAUGUUUGUCUUGCAUCACGGCUGCUCACCAGCGUCAUCCAUUGCAUAGGUUGCAGAAAUGGAACAGCAAUUAUUUCGAACACAGAUGCCCAAACCCCCAUCGCUCCUUUAAUGAUGAUUUUGUCGUCAUGGAUUCAUAUGGGAUCCACGAAGUCUUACUGGAUUUCUGCAACUGUGUGGGGGCAGGAUCGCACGUACAGCAACUACUUCGCGUGUCCUGGUUUCCUUCAACAACGGCUGACCCCAAAACUGCAGCCACCUUUUGCCUCCUGGAUGAGUUUCAUUUGCUGUCUUUCGAAUCUAAAGUCUUGGCAUACAAAUUCUAUAGUGCGCUUGCGCGUAGGACCGACAACACCGGCCUAACUCCCAUUAAGGACCGAUAUGAAUCAUUCAUGAGGAUGAUCCGUGAAUGGCGGCAUUUGAUGAUGCUCAAGUGUUCUGGGAGAGGGCAUGACCCUAAGGGAAUCGACGCCACAGAAGACGGUGAUUGUGCGGUCUUGUGCCCUGCUUGCCCACAUCCAGGUAAAAACUUACCUGAUGACUGGGAGCAAGCUCCUCGUGGAAAACGCUGGAUCUACGCAUUGUUCGUGGCCAUCGAUGCCAACUUCCACUUGAAGUGCAAAGUUGUCUCGAGCGAUACCACAGACCCAAGUUUAAGUCAUGGAUUGGCAUACUUUGUAGAGGAGAGUGCUUACAAGAAGUUGCUCGCAGAGAAAACUGAUGUCCCACAAGAGAAAUCUACGUGCGCUAGCCAUAAUGCCGUGAAUAUGGCUGAUACAAAGACCAAUUGGGGGCUAGCCGCUACAGGGCUUGGCACUAUCGACUGUGCCCGUCAUAACAUGAAGCGUCCGAACGCCGUCGGAGACUUGCAAAAGGGAGAGAAAUACAUUAAUAUGGACUACCUUUUUUUCAACACUCCAUCACACCUCCUUGCACAGCCCAUACUGUCAUAUAGAUAUAUCCUAAGUGGACUAUAA